AAGAUGUUGAGACUUCCUGUCGAAGAAUAAUGCAAUCAUUAGUGAAAUAUUGAAAAUAGAACACGUAUUCACCUUAAAAGCAAGUUAAUGAGUGAUAGACAAUGAAUUUAAGGUUUUCUAAAUUAUUAAACAGAAGAACAGAUCAAGAAAAAACAACCAACAACGUUUAAAAUUGGAGUUCUAAGUGAAGAUUUUUUUGUUUCUCGAAAAUUUCUGAAGAUAAUUUCAAGAUUUGCAACGUGGAACGUGUAACUUGAUAGAAUUAAAUAUUUUGACGAAUAUCGAGGUGAAAAUGGCAAGCAUAUACAACACAGUUAAAUCUUGUAUAAUAAAGACGCCUCCAUCUGGCGCAACUGAGAUUGUGACUAAAUCUAAAGAAGAAGAUGAUAAAGCCAUUGCAGAGGUUAAGAAAUCAUCAGAAGAUGAGGGAUCUGAUAGUGACAUUGAUAAUGUUAAGGAGAAUGAUGCACCUGAACUGAUCUCUGAUAAGAAGACAGAUGAGUUGAUGGAGCCACCCCCUAACCAUGGAAUGGUCUGGAAAAUUGGCAGUGGAGUCUGGGGCCUGACAUCGGGCACAGUUGGCCUAGGGGUCAACAGCGUCAAGUGGGUUGCUGGGAAGGGCUACGAUGCAACCUCAGCCGUCGUCACUACAGGCGCCAGCGCAGCUGUUGCGGUGAAAAACAAAAUGCCAACAAUACGGAAACACCCCAAAAAAGACUAAUCCUUACGCUCCCGUAGGUUGAUAUUUCAUAAACAGGCAAUGGAUUUUUCUAACUGAUCUUUGGAAUGUGGAUAAUAUUGGUCCUAUAGUAAUCAACAAGAUUCUAUCGUUCAUGUACUUUUAUGGAUCAUUAGUUGACGAGUCAUUGAUUAGUCGAUAAGUUGGUCAAUUGUUUAAGUAUUUUGUGAGUUGGUAAUACCAUUGCCUAAAUUUAGUUACCUGGGGCACAUCACUCUUGGUUGCAACAAUUAUCAAAUUAAUUUUGUAACCAUGAAAAUCUUGAUAUCAUAGAGACUGUAACAUUAUCACAAGCCCAUAGACCCUGGAGCCAAGUACUUUUAAUAUGGCCCAUUUUAUUUAUCUGCACAUAGAGGAGAUAUGUCAUUGUAAUGUUACCCAUAUGCUUGAUAUCAUCACACUACCCUACCACGUGACCACAUUUAAAAAGGAUACAGGGUACAGUUAAGUUGCAAAUGGAGUGGGUAUUCUCUAUCUUUGUCCAUUGGUAAUCAUAUGUUGCAAACUACUCAAUGAAUU